UCUCUCUCCCUGCUAUUCUGCUGUGCGCCGCCGCUGCUGUUUCAUCCCUCCUCCAUGGCGGCACUCAAUCGUCUCCUCAGAUCCGCCGUCCUUGGAUCAUCUCUUUCCUUCUCGGCAGGUAAGAGAGGGUUCUCCGUCCUCACCGAGGAGCCAGUUGGCCAUUUCUCAGCUGGGUUGUCUGCCAGCAGUGGCCCAGAUCCGACGCCGCGGAGACGAGAGGAUCGGAACGUUCAGUGGGUGUUCCUCGGAUGUCCUGGAGUUGGGAAAGGCACCUUCGCUAGUCGCCUUUCUCAGCUCCUUGGCGUCCCCCAUAUUGCCACUGGCGAUCUCGUCCGCGAGGAGCUUGCCUCCUCCGGACCCCUCUCUAAUCAGCUUGCUGAAAUUGUUAACCAAGGAAAAUUGGUUUCUGAUAAGAUCAUUAUUAAUUUACUGUCAAAACGCCUUGAAAGCGGCGCAGCAAAGGGUGAAUCAGGAUUUAUUCUCGAUGGUUUUCCACGCACAGUUAAGCAAGCAGAAAUUCUGGAUGGUGUGACUGACGUAGAUCUGGUUGUGAAUCUAAAGCUCAGAGAAGAUGUGUUGCUUGACAAGUGUCUUGGAAGAAGAACAUGUAGCGAGUGCGGUGGGAAUUUUAAUGUGGCCUCUAUCAAUGCUAAGGCAGAGAAUGGUAGGCCUGCAAUGAGUAUGGCACCUCUCCUUCCCCCUGCCAAAUGCAUGUCGAAGCUGAUAACUCGUGCUGAUGAUACUGAAGAAGUGGUAAAGAAAAGACUGCAUGUCUACAACGAAAUGAGUCAGCCAGUUGAAGAGUUCUACCGUUUGCAAAGCAAGCUGUUGGAGUUUGAUUUGCCAGGGGGACUCCACGAAUCCUGGCCUAAGCUGCUAGAAGCACUCAAUAUUGAUGACCAUGACGAUACGCGAGUGGCCACGGCAUAAUUUUAUGCCAAUUAUUUCUUACGUUGAAACAAACUUUGGCGAUUAGUACAUUCGUUUAAUAAGCUGACAAACUCAGCCCAUCUAUCCCAGGUCGAGUAUAUUGCUACCAUUGUCUCAAAAUCUCAUUUCGGCAAAGCUGAGAGAACCCACACAUAUUUGACUCAUUUGUCAUGCCAAAGCUACAGGAUUGCUAUUUACCAGCAUUAUCUUUUGUUUUCUCCGGCAUUUGAUUGUUUGUAAUGGAUAAUGACAACCAUCUACUUGAUUUUUGUAAUUUAGUUUCCGAUGAAUCUCAUCAUCAUAGAAGAAAGAAAUCCAUGCAUUUGCUUA